AGCGGCAACAGCAGCUGCAUCAUGUCCGGCAGGGGCAAGGGCGGCAAGGGGCUCGGCAAGGGCGGCGCCAAGCGGCACCGCAAGGUGCUCCGUGAUAACAUCCAAGGCAUCACCAAGCCGGCCAUCCGCCGCCUGGCUCGGCGCGGCGGCGUCAAGCGCAUCUCGGGGCUGAUCUACGAGGAGACGCGCGGCGUGCUGAAGGUGUUCCUGGAGAACGUCAUCCGCGACGCCGUCACCUACACGGAGCACGCCAAGAGGAAGACUGUGACCGCCAUGGACGUGGUGUAUGCCCUCAAGCGCCAGGGCCGCACUCUGUACGGCUUUGGCGGCUAAAGCCUUGUGCUCGUACCGGACCAUCUGGACAAGAACCCAAAGGCUCUUUUAAGAGCCGCACACAUAAGCUGGAAAAGAGCUGUGUUGCUUUAAAGUGAAGUGUUAUCGCUUUAAAUGCAUAAUUAUUUUCUCACUCACUGCUAAGUCUCAUCGUUAAUACGUUGAAAGCCAUU